GACAGCGAGUAGUUUCAGACUAGGGAGAGUGGAGGAAGAAAAAAAAGUCGGUGUGAAAGAGAGAAUGGGAAACUGACUGAUAUACUGCGAAUGGCGAGCCUCGGGAGAGCAGAUGACAAACUAACACAAGGAUAAAAUGUUGCGAAAAUCAUCAUCAGGGAUCAAGAGCGCGAGUUUGUAACAGUGAGACGCGGAGCGCUGCUUUCCUGCGGUGUUGGGAUUGUAUCGAUCGCUCCCGGGACAGACGGCAAAGCGCUGUUUCGGAACUCCGCUGCACCCCGUCCCGUCCCGUCCCGUCCCGUCCCGCCGCGCCAGUGGAAGUACCGAGCCGCUUUCCCAAACUCAGCGCUGACGGUCGGGGGUUUGGAGGGAUCGCGAAAAGAGGCCAGAAGUCGUUCUGCGCGAGCAACAAGAGCGCGGAUCAUUGGACAAAAGUUUGGCCUUUUGGAGACGGGGGUGCGGGAGAGGCCGAGUCUCGCCACUGCUGAACUGACAACUUACCCCAGCUCGCUGUGUGUUAGGGGCAGAUAACUUUCACCAUGAAAACCCCGGGGGACGCGGGGCUUACGUUCCCAGACUGGGCCUAUAAGCCCGAGUCCAGUCCUGGCUCCAGACAGAUCCAGCUGUGGCACUUUAUCCUAGAGCUGCUGAGGAAGGAGGAGUAUCAUGAUGUGAUUGCCUGGCAAGGAGAUUACGGGGAGUUUGUGAUCAAAGACCCUGAUGAGGUGGCCAGGCUGUGGGGCGCCCGCAAGUGCAAACCUCAGAUGAACUACGACAAACUCAGCAGAGCUCUCAGGUAUUAUUACAACAAGAGGAUUCUACAUAAAACUAAAGGAAAACGCUUCACCUACAAGUUCAAUUUCAACAAGUUGGUCAUGGUCAACUACCCUUUCAUUGACAUGGGGUCUGCAGGAGCGUCUGUUCCUCAGAGUGCUCCACCAGUGCCUACAGGUCCCCAUUUCCGUUUCCCUUCAUCCACUCCAUCAGACAUGCAGGUGCCUGAGGUGCUGCGGUCCCCCAGCAGCGAGGAACUGCGCAGUCCGGGGAUGUUCAGCGGCCGCCGUAUCACCCGUGGGUCUGUCUCUGACUGCAGCGAUGGAACUUCUGUCAACUCUGAGAUCGAAGAUGGGAACGGAGGUGCGGCCGAGGAGAGAGUGAUGGAAAGAGUGGCUGAGAGAGGAGGAGGUGGAGGUGGUUUCCGAGGUGCCAUUCACCCUCGUCUGUCUCACGAGACGAUGUUCAGGAUGUACGGUGGACCGGGAGGUCACAGAGGUCAUCGAGUGUCAGAGGUUGGCGGACACAGGGUUCAUCCCGAGCCUCUCUCACCGUUCACCAUCUCGCCUCUGCCUGGUCCGGGAGGCCCAGGCCUGUUGGCGCCACCUCUCUCGCCGGCGCUCUCCAUGACCCCAGGCUCUCACCUGGCCUACACACCCUCCCCUACUCUGUCGCCCAUGCCUGGCUCCAUCUUCUCCUUCAACCCAGAGGACAUGCAGCACUACCUUAAGGCUCACACCCAGAGCGUCUACAAUUACCACCUGAGCCCUCGUGCCUUUUUUCAUUACCCACACAUCAUCGUUCCUCAGCCUCAGCGCCCCGACAAAGGCAUGCCCAGACCCCAGGGCUGUGAUCGCGGCCCUGCCGAGAGGCCCUCGGUGCUCAACAGCCAUCACUCCAGCCUCCCGCCGCCUCACGCUCACCCUAUUCACCAUCACCUGGGGGAGGAGCAGCACCAUUCUCCAUUCAAGUUUAAGCUCCAGCCUCCCCCGCUGGGCCGAAAACAGCGCGACAGUCAGGGUCGACAGGGCUCGCUGUCCUCCUCAUCUACAUCCGGUCUGGGCUCCUCAUUGUCAUUUGGGAGUGAUCUCAGUUCAGCCAGCGGAUCAGGACUGGUGUCCAACUCCUCCUCAACUGGCUCGUUAAACAGCGCUGGGUUGCCCAAGAUUAAGGUCGAGCCCAUAUCUGACAUUGAAUCAGAAGAGGAAGUCGAAGUGACUGACAUCAGUGAUGAAGACGCUGAUGAAAGAGAUGAAGAGUUUGAUGUUUUCCCCUCUCACUACCAUAAACACCGUGAUCAUCAUCAUCACCAUAAUGAUUAUCCUCAUAGCCAAAAGCACCAACAGCCCAACGGCACAGAUGCCGCUCUCCACCCUGAUGAGGACUUGGAGGAGGAGGUGUUCAAAGCCCCCGCCCCUCCACCCUUCUUCCUCCCUCCCACCUCUUCCUCAGGCGAUAGCCGGCACGGUACCACCAUUGUGAAGAGCGAACCCGUGGAGCCGGCGGACAUGCAGCUGGCCUCCGGCGGCCUGCCACAAACCAACUCCCAGUGUAUCCCACUGAAGCUCCGGUUCAAACGGCGCUGGGACCAGGACCAGCACAUGGAAGAGGCGGAGGACAAGAAAGUGAGAGGAGAAGAGAGCGGGAGAGAGAGGAACGGGAUGGCGGAGGAGAGUGGCAGCGGAAGCGGGAGCGGAGAGGCAGAGAGCCCACCUCCUCUCGCUCAUCACAGAGUUAGCGCCGAGCUCCACCGAGCCACGGCACAGCUGUCACUGGAGAACAAGGAGUGCUGAUACGCAUCGACACACCUAGACGACUGCUGAUACACAACUCUACGACUGCUGAUGGACCCACACUCACACGUGACUUUUAAGAUCAAUGACUGCUGAUACUGACAUCAGUAAUACUGACACAUACACUGCACACUUAGACUAACUUACCCUUGCUUAAUCGAAUCCCGUUCCCCAGGCUACCCUUGUUCCCCCGACAGCACACGUUCCAGUACAUCUCAUCGUGACCGCUAUGAGGAAUGAGUUCACCCACGUGCCCCAGCGACCCUCAGGAGUCAUGAACUUUGACCUUUGGCACUAGAGUAUAUUUUAUAUUUUUAGAAGAUAAUUUUAUUUUGCAAAGUGCCUGUGAGCUGUCCCUCAAAACCCCUCAAAGAGAACUAGAGACGGGCCUCAGAAAGACUGGUCUGGUUCGAGGGACUUGAUCUUUUUCUCCAGCAGCCUAGCAUUAUUUUCCUCAGCGACAGACUGUGAUCAGUCUUGAUGUGAUGUGGUGGGAUACAAAUGCACAGAAAGUCACAAACAGACGCUGUUCUAAAACCAGCCUGAUCAGAAGUCCGAACCCUCAGGGACAAAAUCCCUCAACACACACACACAAACAAACAAACACACACUCAGCCAUGAUCCCGUUCUUAUUCCCUGUAUGAAACGUGUGUCUGAUUCGAGUUUGAUUGUGUGUGUGUGUGUGUGUGUUUCGGAAAUCUAGCUGUUUAAGUUCUCAGGAUAUCUUCCUCCUUUCCUUUUCUAUCCAAACCAGCUCACCUUAAAACUUUCGCUCUCUUUUUUUUUUAUCCCCUCUGGGACCAUACCUGAAUCACUUUCAUUCCGUUGGGGACGAAAUGACUCGGGCGUAACAUGCGGUUCAGAGACCAUACUCCUAAAUCUCUUAAACGGCUAGUUCCUUAGUUGGUUAGUCUUUGAAGUGACAGUUUGAAGGUAAUACACAUUAGGGAGCUUAUAACAAGCUUCCCUUGUAUAGUCAGUCCUUUAGCGUGAACUAAACCAGCAUCCCACACAAACACACACACAAGCUUGUACAGUAAUACUAGACCAACUGGGACUCGAUUUUUAACUAUUUUGGCACUUGAUGAUGUACCCUUUAGAACCAAGUGCUGAUUCUUUGUCCCGAUUAACUGUCCUUCAGCCAUAUAGAACAGCCGCAGACUCUUAUGAGGGGGAGGUGAAAUAGCAGUUUCAAUCCAUAAUCCCAACAUUUAAAUACUAACUUGAGUAUAGAAAGACAGUAGAAGGCAUGUUGCCAGAAGUCUCACUCUCUCACACACACACACACACACACACACACACACUCACACACACACUGCCUCUUAUGCCUUGUUUUAAUAGCAUGUCUGAAAAGGAAAUACAAAAAUCUUAAAAAAGAACAGUAUACACUCAAUAUACCUUUAUAUAUUAUGUGUUACACAUACUAUAAAUGGGAAGCAUAGCAUUAACAGAUGUAUCAGUUUCAGGGGGUUUUGUAACAGAUUUUGUUUUGAGGGGAAGGUUGACUCUUCUCCUCAGGGAUAAUGUUGCUAUUUGGGUAAGGGAGGAAAAUGUUGCUUUUCUUAUCACGUUAAUAAAAGGUGGGGUAGAGGAGUGAAAAACUAAAUUGUACACAAGACUCUAACAAAGCGAGCACGAGAGCUUUGCACCACAGAUGAUGUGGCACAUUCGGUUCUUUAACCAGCAAGCACCUCCUCAACAUCCUGUUCCUACUGCUACAACUGAUGUGUGUGUGUGUGUGUGUGUGUGUGUGUGUGUUUGACAGAGGCUGCAGGUCUCUGUGCAUGUACGUCACACCACACCCAAGGCUAUAAUUAUUUUGAAAUCUUGCAUCGUGAACCUCAUAAACCUGUGUGCACUAAAGCCCUGUGGAAGUUGAGCACAGGACUUGAGACAUCAGCGGGGUGGCCAGCCGGACACUAGCCAUGAUAUAACGGUUUUCCAGUGACAGGAAGGAGUUAAAUCAUGGCUGAGGUGUCUCUUAAUACCUAAGAUAAUGCAUAAGACAAAAUUGAACUGGCAACGGUGUCACCUCCUCAAAGUUUUGGACUCUUUCUAGCUGCCUUAUUCCCACUUUAAUCAGAUUUGAUUAUGAUCUCCUCAUGCUUUCUUAUUCGACGAGUCAAGUCUUUAACUAGGGUGCACUUGUUUUACGCCCGGCAUACCUCGAAAUUUAAAAAAUUUGAGAUGGAGUGAGCAGUAUUGACCAGUGUGGUCUGUAAACUUUAGUUUGGGCACAAAGUGAGUGCAUUGUUUCUUUUUAGGAGGCAAGUUAUUUGUUUUCUCUUAGGCUGCUCUCGUUGGUUAUCCCAGGAUG